AGACAACAUUUCUGUCAAAGGCCGGACAAGAUGCACUCAGACAUCCCCACUGAACACCAAAGUGGAAAGGAACAGGAUGUGGAACCAGUAUAACCGCCAUGUUUAUGCUAUGAUGAAUACUCUGGCCCAUGCCUUGAAUGCUGCUUAUUCCUCCAUAUUCAAGAGGAGAAGGAAAGAGGGAGAAGAGAGGCUGGGGACUCGAAGGCUGAAGCCAUGGCAGUCUCUGCCUCAGUCCAGAUGUGUGGAAAAUUGUCAUCCUGGAUUUUUCAAGCGGGCUCGAGAAGGAGAGCCAGUUUGUUGCUAUGAUUGUGUUCCUUGUCCAGAAGGGACUAUCUCCACUCAGGAAGAUACUGAAAAAUGCACAAAGUGCCCAUAUGAUCAAUAUCCAACCGAGAACAGAGUCCAAUGUAUCCCAAAAAGAAUAACCUUUCUGUCCUAUGAAGAGCAUCUGGGCAUCAUCCUGGUCUCUUUUGCCUUACUCUUGUUCCUAAUCACAGGAUUUAUUUUAAUCAUAUUCCUUAAAUACCUAGAAACUCCCAUUGUCAAAGCCAACAACCGGGACAUCUCCUUCAUCCUCCUGGUCUCCCUUCUGCUUUGCUUUUUGUCCUCAUUUCUCUUCAUUGGACAGCCAAGGAAAGCCACCUGUCUUCUCCGACAAACAGUGUUCAGCAUUGUCUUCUCAAUAGCCGUGUCUUCUGUGUUGGCCAAAACGAUCACAGUGGUACUGGCUUUCCUAGCCUCAAAACCAGGGAACAGUGUGAGAAGAUGGUUGGGGAAGAGCUUGGCCAACUCCAUCAUCCUUUCUGGUUCUGCUGGCCAAAUUUUCAUCUGUGCCUUAUGGCUGGGAAUUUCUCCCCCAUUCCCUGACUCUGACUUAAACUCCCAGCUUGGAGUGAUCAUCCUGCAAUGCAAUGAAGGCUCUGUCACCAUGUUUUAUCUUGUCCUUGGCUACAUGUGUUUCCUAGCUGCCAUUUGCUUCACUAUACAAGAGGACUCUCAUUGA